AUGAAACAGUGGGAGCUGGAGCAGAGUAUGGCAAAUACCUUUGUAACUGUGUCUGAUGGGUACUGUCUUGCUGAACCGAUUCAAUAUUAUGAUGUUUUGCCAGACCACAUCAAUUAUCAGUUGCAAGAUUCAGAUUUUCAGGCUACUCCUUACUGCCAGUAUUCAACUGUUCAGUUUCCUCCAAUGUUACAGUCACAACCUUCCCAGUCACAAUACAACACAUACAGCCUGGAUUCUCAGUACAGUGAUGGGGAGUACAUAAUCAGUAAUUGUGAAUUAAACAAGCCCCCCUGCAUGGUUGCCCAUAAUGAUGAUGAUGGAUAUCAUGGACUAAAAAGGCCAAGACUAAGUCAUUCCUCCUUGCGAAUGAAGGGUCAGGAAGAGCUCUGUGUUGUAUGUGGGGACAAAGCCUCAGGAUACCACUACAAUGCGCUCACUUGUGAAGGCUGUAAAGGAUUCUUUCGACGUAGUAUUACCAAAAAUGCAAUAUAUAGAUGCAAGAAUGGUGGCCACUGUGAAAUGGACAUGUACAUGCGGAGGAAGUGUCAAGAGUGUCGCCUGAAGAAGUGUAAGGCUGUGGGAAUGUUGGCAGAGUGUUUGCUGACUGAAGUCCAGUGUAAAUCAAAACGACUCCGAAAGAAUUUCAAGCAGAAGAGCACUUUCCUUUGUAGCAUCAAGGUGGAAGAUGAGGGAGUAAACAGCAAGCAUGUUUCAUCCACAACUAGACCUGGAAAAAUGCAAGAGAGGAUGGAACUAACUCCAGUGGAACAUCAACUUAUUGAUCACAUUGUGGCAGCCCAUCAAAAAUAUACAAUUCCCCUAGAGGAAGCAAAGAAGUUUCUGCAGGAAACUGCAAACCCUGAAGAGAGUUUUCUGCGGCUCUCAGAGACAGCAGUUGUUCAUGUGCAAGUACUAGUGGAUUUCACAAAGAGACUACCAGGAUUUGAAAGUUUAGCCAAUGAUGACCAGAUUGCACUGUUAAAAGGUUCAACGGUGGAAGCAAUGUUUUUGCGUUCAGCCCAGAUAUAUAAUCAAAGAGUUAAUGAAUACCAGUCAUCAGUGAGUGAAAGUCAUGUAAGGUUUUCUGAUCAUGCUGUGUAUUGUCAUGUUCAAGACAUUGAUAAAAACUCUAUUUAUUCCAUGGAAAUAUCUCACAGUGAAGAGAGUCCAACUUCCACAACUACCACAGGUAUCACUGAGGAGUUUAUCACUGCGCUAUUUUACUUCUACAGAAGCAUGGGAGAACUUAAUGUGACUGAGACGGAAUAUGCCCUACUUGUAGCAACUACUGUAUUUUUUUCAGAUCGCCCACUCCUAAAAAACAAACAACAUGUGGAAAAACUCCAAGAACCCCUUUUAGGUAUUUUGUACAAAUAUUCAAAAAUUUAUCAUCCAGAAGAUCCACAGCAUUUUGCACGCCUGAUAGGGAGGCUUACCGAACUCAGGACCCUCAAUCACAACCAUUCAGAAGUGCUAGUAACUUGGAGGACAAAAGACCCCAAACUGACCUCUUUACUCUGUGAAAUUUGGGAUUUGCAUUGAACUAACCUAUGUUACUGUUAUACAAAUGGCUGAUUUUCCUUAAACUUGCAGAAAUGCAAACUGUUC